AUGCCCCUCGAGGCCCGUGUCAAGGCCGUUCUCUCCGGCGACACUGUGGUCCUGUCCCAUAUCGCCAACCCUGGCCAGGAACGUGUCCUCAGUUUAGCUUAUGUGUCCGCUCCUAGAUUGCGGAGAGAAGGUGAUGAGGCAUAUGGCUUUCACUCCCGCGAAUUCCUCCGCGAACUCCUCGUCGGCAAAGUAGUCGAAUUCACCCCCCUCUACACCAUCCCCACCGGCGCAAGACGCGAAUACGGUAUCAUCAAGCUCCCCAGCUUCGACGCCUCACUCCCCGACAUUAGCGUCCAGGAGGGAUGGUCCCGCGUUCGUGAAGAAGCUGGAAAGCGCUCCGAUGAUUCUGAGGACACUGCCGCUCUAAUUGAGCGCCUGCGCGCGCUGGAAGAUCAUGCCCGUGAUGCUGAGAAGGGCAUCUGGGCUGGAUUGGCACAAGGACAGGUCGAGACGAGCUACGAAUUGGCUGAUGCGAAGGCGCUAGUCGAGGAAUACAAGGGGAAGGAUUUGCAGGGUAUUGUCGAGCGGGUCUUGAAUGGGGAUCGUCUGAUUCUGCGUUUGCUGCUUGCACCGCAGGAGCAUUUGCAGACCAUUGUUGCACUGGCGGGUAUCCGUGCGCCUGCUGCGAAGCGUGUCACAGCUGAUGGCAAGGAGCAGGCUGCUGAGCCGUACGGCGAUGAAGCACAUGCGUUUGUCGAGUCGCGGUUGCUGCAGCGCAAGGUCCAGGUGUCGUUGCUGGGUGUUACGCCGCAGGGCCAGCUCAUCGCCACCGUUCUGCACCCCAAUGGCAACGUUGCCAAGUUCCUGCUCGAGGGUGGUCUGGCGCGGUGCCACGACCACCACUCGCCCCUGUUGGGUGCUCAUAUGGCUGCCUUCCGGCAUGCUGAGAAAGCUGCCAAGGAUGGCCGGAAGGGUCUGUUUACCAAUCUGGUUGCCAAGGGCCCUGCGGGCGGGGCUGCGGAGGACUACACUGUUAGUCGUGUGUUGAACGCGGACACUAUCUUUGUGCGCAGCAAGGCCGGUCAGGAGAAGAAGAUUAGUCUCAGCAGUAUCCGUCAGCCCAAGCCGUCGGAUCCCAACCAGGCCCUAUUCAGUGCGGAUGCCAAGGAAUUCCUGCGUAAGAAGCUUAUUGGCAAGCAUGUCAAGGUGACCGUUAAUGGCAAAAAGCCUGCUAAUGAAGGUUACGAGGAGCGCGAUGUUGUGACCGUUGUUCAAAACAAUGCCAACGUUGCUCUUUCUCUUGUUGAGGCUGGCUACGCCUCUGUUAUCCGUCACCGUGCGGAUGAUGAUGACCGCUCGCCCGACUACGACUCGCUGUUGGUUGCUGAGGCAGACGCCCAGAAGGACGGCAAGGGCAUGUGGUCGCCCAAGCCGCCCCGGACCAAGCAGUACCAGGACUACUCGGAGAACGUGCAAAAAGCCAAGAUGGAGGUCUCCAUUCUCCAACGCCAGAAACGCGUCCCCGCCGUCGUCGACUUUGUCAAGUCUGGCUCUCGUUUCACUGUCCUCGUUCCCCGGGAGAACGCCAAGUUGACCCUUGUCCUGUCUGGUAUUCGCGCACCCCGUUCGGCACGUGGUCCUGGCGAGGCUGGCGAGCCAUUCGGCCAGGAGGCACACGAGCUGGCUAACCGGAGAUGCAUGCAGAGAGAUGUAGAGAUUGACGUUGAGACUAUCGACAAGGUCGGUGGUUUCAUCGGUACUUUGUACGUGAACAAGGAGAACUUCACCAAGGUUCUGCUGGAGGAGGGUCUUGCUACCGUGCACGCCUACUCUGCUGAACAGUCCGGUAACGCAGCCGAGUACUUUGCCGCUGAGCAAAAGGCCAAGGAGGCCCGUCGGGGACUCUGGCACGACUGGGAUCCUGCCAAGGAGGCUGCUGAGGCAGAGGAGGAGGAAGCUGCCGCCGCUGCUGCUACUAACGGCCAGAACGGUGCCGAUGAGGUUUCGCAGCGUCGCAAGGACUACCGCGAUGUUAUGGUGACCUACGUCGAUCCCACGACCUGCAAGCUGAAGCUGCAGCAGAUUGGCUCUGGCACCUCCGCCCUGACUGAAUUGAUGAGCGCAUUCCGCUCGUUCCACAUCAACAAAGCCAACGACACACCUCUGUCUGGUCCCCCUAAGGCUGGCGAUUUCGUGGCGGCGAAGUUCAGCGAAGACAAUGAGUGGUACCGCGCCAGAGUCCGCCGCAACGACCGCGAGAACCAACAGGCUGAGGUCCUCUACAUCGACUUUGGUAAUUCCGAGACCCUCCCGUGGUCCCGCCUCCGCGCACUCAGCCCGCAGUUCUCCGCCCAGAAGCUGCGUCCCCAGGCUGCUGAUGCCGUCCUAUCAUUCCUCCAGUUCCCGGCUGCAGCGGACUACCUCGAAGAUGCCGUCGGCUUCAUCGGCGACCAGGCCUUCGACCGCCAACUCGUCGCCAAUGUCGACUACAUCUCCACCGAGGGAACCAUGCACGUGACGCUCCUGGACCCCUCGCAGUCUAAGAGUCUGGACGAGAGUCUGAACGCCGAGAUCGUCCGUGAGGGUCUGGCUAUGGUGCCGAAGAAGUUGAAGGCGUGGGAGCGCAGCGCUGGUGAUACAUUGGCUAGCCUGCGGGAGUUGGAGAGUGAGGCUAAGGAGGAGAGACGGGGGAUGUGGGAGUAUGGUGAUUUGACGGAAGACUAA